AUGAAUCUCAAUUUCGUUGUGUUAAAAACCUUGCUAUUUGCUCUUACAGCUUUAACAAAAGCGUUCGCUUAUGUGCAAUAUGAAGGAGUAUCACCCAGCCAUCGCUCAACACCCCUUUCAGCUGUUCUCGGAGGGCAAGUUGAAAUGGAAUGUUUAGCUCGUGGUGGUGAUGGAAUGUUUGAUAAAUGGUACAAAGAAAAAGAUAGCGAUGACGACAUUCCUGUUGAACAAACCAGUGGACAUUAUGAUGUGAAACAAGGAACGACUGCUGAAGAUUUUGAUGCAACAGGAUGGUAUGUUUCGACAAACGCUAAUGAUAGAACGCAAAAGCCUUCUGAGUGUAGAUUUGGUCAAAUUCAGAGAAUUCCAUCUCCUGUUCGUAUAACAACGAAUAAAGAUAAAGAAAUCGUAGACAAAACGUAUGGUUCGAUCACACGUGUCGAAAAUGAAUUAUUAAAUUUAACAUGUGUGACAAGUCCACCAAACCAAACAGUUGAAUGGUGGUAUAGCUCGGAUGAUCGGUCAUAUGAAAAACUAUCGAAAAAUGUGGAGCAUGAUAAUAAUAUGGAUAAUACAAAUACAAUAUCUAUUAAGGACGUUGGAAAAAAAGAUAUGGGUCACUACCGAUGUUCAAUUGGAAAUGCAACGUUUACAGCAAACCUACGUGUUAAAGAUAAAAUGGCUGCUUUAUGGCCCUUUAUUGGUAUAGUAGCGGUUGUCUCAGUACUUGUUAUUGUUAUUUUAAUAUUUGAAAGACGGCAAAAAUUAAAACGAAAGGCUGCUGCAGCCGAAGAAGACGAUCAUGAUCACCCCGAUGAUCCGUAA